AUGUUGUCGCUGCGCCGCCUGUUUGCUGGCGCCGUGUUGCUCCUUGGAGUAAGCAUGGUGUUCUUCGCUUCGACCGCCGAAGCUGCCAAGGGCCCCAAGAUCACCCACAAGGUCUACUUCGACAUCACCCAGGGCGAUGAGCCCAUUGGCCGUAUCGUCAUGGGUCUUUACGGCAAGACUGUUCCCGAGACCGCUGAGAACUUCCGUGCUCUUGCUACUGGCGAGAAGGGCUUCGGUUACGAGGGAUCUUCUUUCCACAGAGUCAUCAAGCAGUUCAUGAUCCAGGGCGGUGACUUCACUAAGGGUGAUGGUACCGGUGGAAAGUCCAUCUACGGUGACCGCUUCCCCGACGAGAACUUCAAGCUCAAGCACACCAAGAAGGGUCUCCUGUCCAUGGCCAACGCUGGAAAGGACACCAACGGCUCCCAGUUCUUCAUCACCACCGUCGUCACCUCGUGGCUUGAUGGCCGUCACGUCGUCUUUGGCGAGGUCCUCGAGGGCUACGACGUCGUUGAGAAGAUCGAGCAGGGCCCCACCAAGCCCGGCGACAAGCCCGUCAAGGAAGUCAAGAUCGCCAAGAGCGGAGAGCUGGAGGUUCCUCCCGAAGAUGCUACAUACGGCAGUGCCGGAUGGGCUGCGGGAUUCUCCAGCGAGGAGGCUGCCAACCCAUUCUCGGAGACUGAAGUCGCUGCCGCUGCCGCAGGCUACACUGUCUUCCAGAAGGCUGCCUUCUUUGCGGUGAUCAUCGCUGCCAUUGCCAUUUACCUGCGCAUGAGCCGAUCCAAGACCGAGAAGACCGACGUAGGAUACGAGAAGACAAUGGCGUAA